AUGGGUCCUACUUUUGAUCCCAAUAACUCACAGCCUAACUACGGCAUCCACGAUGACUCAAUGAUGAGAGAUGAUGAAGACGAUGAAGGCGUGCUCGGUGCUUCCCUGUCGGUGAGGGACACUGCAACCGAUGAUGAAUACGCGACCCCGCCCAACCAAAAAAUCCCUUUGCAAGACCUCGAAGAGGUGAUGUCUCAAUAUGAUGAUGGCAUAGCCUUGGAAGAUGCGAGCAAGCUUUGGGAUGACGAAAUGCUGCCACCUCUGGUUGAAGAUCCAAGUAAACUAUGGGACGACGACAACGACAUCCUGCCAUCUCAUGCUGUCUCUGACCUUAGUGCUGAUCUUGAUGAUCAGAGUCACCUGUGGGACGAGGCGGCCUUCCGGCGCGAGGAGCCAUCAGAAUUCGACGACGCAGAAGAGGCUGGAGAGCUCGACACCCUGGAACGCAACAACCUGUCAGAAUUUGGUGACACCGAACAAGACACCGAAGAUGUUGACGCUGCCGGUGAAACAGAUGAUGAAGACCCCCCUGCAAUGACACAGCAGGGCGGAGGCCAGAGGGAUCCUAUGGAUCCUCGCGAUAUCAUCACAGAUGGCCGGAAGAGGGCGAUUAAAUUGACACCACGAGCCACCAGGACUACAUAUGUCUCAGCGGCGGAACGGGGCCCCGGGGUCGAGAUACCUCCAAUGGAGGAUGAAGAUGAGUCUGACCGACCCCCCCAGUCGCCAUCACCCACCCGAGCAGGGAGGCCGCUGCCAUCCCUUGAGCCUCUGGAACACGGCGAGCUUCAUUAUUCGGAUGGGUCUGAUGGCCCCGUACUCAGUCUGCGCAUUGAGAAUAUGGCGAAAGACGACCCCGAGCACGAUGUUUACAAGAUACCGAUGACGGACAUCCGCGAGAAACCCAGUGCCGGGCUACCAAGCGUAGCUCAAUACCUUAUUCAUAGAAGUCAGGGGCAGAAUGUAAAGCCUGCGGAUUAUGGGAUCACUACACCUGUGCGAGGCUCAACCUACCGGACAGCAGACGAGAUUGAUGAUGAUGGCGAUGGUGCCAACGCGGCUGAGUUCGACCACUAUGACAUUCACCAACUACCCUCGACUCCCCUCCCAGGCCGACCUCUCGCCGUGGCGCUCGACGUGGUGGAUUGCGGCCUCAAGUUACUCAGCUCAGUGCGCUCCAGCCUCGCCAACCUUGCUGGUGUCUCGGAAUCAUUCAUUCAGGCACGCUGGGAUAAACAGAAGGGGAAAACUGGCAAGGGUGUAGGUCAAGGCCGUUGGAGAACGUUUCUUCGAUAUUAUCAUGGACGACCAGACGCAAUCAUGGAGCAGACCGGUGUCACAUUGGCUGAAGGGGAGGAGAAAUGGAGCAAUGCCGUUGCUGCUCGCUGCUAUGAGAAGUUCAAAGAGCUCUUCCCCGAAACGCACCAGGACAUUUUAGAUCAUCUAACCGGGUUGGUCGAGUUGGAGCGCCAAGGGCAGACGGUGCACCAACGCAAUAACGAAUGGGACAAGUUCCACAGUAAGGCACUUAUGUUGAUGGACGAAGGCCAUGAGAAAGGCUUCGAGACAUACAUGUUGGCUUGCGGCUCCAAUAUUCAUCAAGACAAAGGCCUUGCCUUCAUCGAGGAGUCAGAGUGCGCUGAAGGAUUUCUAUCCGAUAAGAUGGGCGUGAAACACAGCGACUACCUGGGUCACUUCAUAUCAUUUGUCCAGAACAAGGUCUCUGACACCAUAAUUGAGGACUCCCGUGAGGCUAGUCCCUCCAAGCCCGCAAAAGCCUCGCGUGACGCAGGUGCAUCAAAGCCCUCAAAGUCCUCAAAACCACCUGUUCCUUCGAAGUCCUCAAGCGUCAACCCACCAAGUGUCAACCCACCAUCAGUCAUAUCGCUAUCAAGUGAACAUGAUGAACCUCCCUCUGGCGGGCUCCUGGGACGUGAUCGGUACCAUCAAGCACGUCAACUCCUCGCUGCGGCAGCUUUAACGGUCGGCCUCAGCUUGAAUGUUCAUCAAUUCCCUUGGUCCACACUUGCAACUACACUCGCAGAAGGUAGCUGCCGCCUGAUCAACUAUCCCAUCGGUGUUCCGUUCCCCGGGAAGGAGAAGAAGUCCGCAAAGCCUCGGGGUAUCACUUCCAUGCCUGCCGCCUACAUAGACACGCUGAUCAAGAGUCUGAGCCCAUCGCAGCCACAAAAGCUGCAGUUUGAGUUGAUUUCUGAGAAAGAGAAAGCUUCCACAGCGACGGCCAAACUGCCUGUCAUCAUCAAUGCUGCACCCCAGCCCCAUUCCAAGGUUGUGCGAGGUUCACGAAUGCUAGCCGAUGGAAGUGUCGACACCCUAGGACCCCUCAAACUCCACCGGGGUCAUCCUGACGUUGAAGACAACUUCGUGGGGUCAGUCGAUGAAGAUGCACCAUCAGCGGCACGUACUCGCAUCAAGAAGCGAAAGCAACCAACAGCUGCAGAUAGUGAUGCCGACAAACUAGGCCCACGUGUGCUACGAUCAAAAGGGAAAUCGAAAGGGAAGGGCUCGCCUGCCAUUGUCAUCUCGGAUGAUGAACAACAGGACCAGACAGAAAGUGGGGCUCAGCGCAAGCGACUGCGACGCAAAAAUACCAUAGCUGCAUCCAACGAGGCCCCAGUGGCGCCGGCAACAAGCCACCCUGAGGGUCAAGCGACCUACGAUACCACCAAGCGGCGCCAAGUCAGCUUUUCGCCUGCAGAGACACUGCCGCCCCUGAAGAAAGCUCGUUCUGUGGUAGAAGUUGUGAUUCCCACCCCACGCAAGAAGGUGCCCAAUGCUGAGAUUACGCCCAAGGCAGACGUCAGGGCCCCAGGCGCUACCACCAGUAACACGGAUAGCUCCGCCGCCGCCAGUACCUCAAGGACCUCGAGUAUGCCAGAGGCCACGAGCAUGCCAAAGGCAAUUCGCAAGGCAGCAAGCAACCUGACGGCUGCAGCCACGGCCGCAAGUGACCCGAAGCCUGCUGUUCGAGGCGCAGCUCGCUCCAACAGGUCAAAACAAUCAGGCACCGCAAGUGCCUCAAAGGACGCUGCCCCCCGUGCCUCAAGUGCCUCAAAGGAUGCUGAUUCUCGUAUGGACGCACCAGUUGUGCUUAGCACGCCGGAAGAAUCAAGUGCCGUGGAGACCUCAAAGGGGACAGAUAGAUCGGCUCCUCGUCCUAGGCCCUCGAAAGGAGCCAUGCCCAAAGCCGCCGCCAAUGGAGCGUCCAAGCAAGCCUCAAAGUUGGCUAAGACAUCGUCACCAGUGGCCUCAAAGACGAACACAGUGCCCUCUGAUCCAGCCUCCACAGCAGCCGCAAAGAUCUUGCCAGUGGCCACGAAGACGACAGUGGCGCUGGCACCCUCUGAUCCACUCCCUGAAGCUGCUGCGAAGACGUCGCCAGGGGCCGCAGAGGUCCGUGCUGUACCAGCAACGUCGAAUCCCUCCACAGCAACGACCCGCCCCGAAUCACAGGAGCAGGUCCACGGCACCGGCGUACCCAAUACCUUGGCAGCUGCCAAGAAGAUUACCGGCGAACGUGCAAUGCCCACCCACCCGGAAACACAGGAAACGCCCACCCACUCCGAAGCACAGGAACAGGUACCUAGCCUGAAGGCCAGUAUUGCCACCUCUAGUGAGGUCUCUGCGGCAACUCUCAAUGUUCCUGUAUUGGCCAAGGAAGCCAUAACGGUUCGACCUAUCCCCCGACGCCUACCUCCAUCAACGACAACAGGAAGCCUCGACACGGUCCAACCAUAUGAGGGCUUGCCUCGUAGGACUGCUCUUGCGGUGCCUCAGACUGGAGGACACGGACAUGCAGGGGCCGGAGAACAUCAUGGUGGAGGUGAUGCCGAAAGGUAUAACCUUCACACCGGCCUUCCUCAAGGUCAGAGUCACGACAGACCAUGGCGGCACUACAACCGACCCUCUCGCAGCAUGCUUGAAGUAGAACAUGACGCUCCUGCAGCCUUGGGGCCCCUUCGCUCUCCUCUGGAACCAACGAGGCCCUCGUUACCCCGUGAACGCAGCCAAGAUGGGCGGGAAUAUCACCCUCCCCCACGAUCUACGACUGAGUCUCAGGCUGGCACCACUGGGGAUUGGCAGGAAUGGGAGUACAUCCCUCGAACACCCAUCCCUCGAACACCCAUCCCUCGAACACCUGAACCCCAUUGGGAACCAAGUCGUGAUGGCGGGAGAAUGUACGGACACGAAUUCCAUCAUGACCGCAACUACCGUGAACGGAGCCAUGACAGUGGGAGGGGGAGGGUGUAUGAGCACAACCAGCCUCGUGAGCAUGAUAUACACCGCCGCGCUUACUAUGACCAUGAUGAUUACCACGAUCGCCGACCAUACCGCGAGCUGCGACGAUACAGCCCCGAGCGUGGAUACAGCCGCGAGCCCCGCUAUGUGUACACCUCAAGGGAUAGGGACUACAUGUAUGAGCCUGAGCCGCAUGGUCGUCGUCAUCUUCGCCCACCUUCACCGUACGAACACACCCGGAGGUCUCAUUCACGCGGUCGAGGCAGGUCUCCCUACGCGCCACCACUGGCCUCGGGAUCCCGGAGGUCUCCGGAACAUGACCACUUCCCACCUCACGCCCCUGGUUCCCGGACUCCUGUCCUCCCUCAUUCGGAGGGCAUGCCUUCCCUCGAAAACCUCGAAAACGUGCCGCCCAGCCUUGAAAAUGAGUAG